AGCAGCAGGAGCGUCCGACCCUCUCUCCGCCCACCAUGUUCCGACCACCAAAUGCCUUCGGAGCACCGCGGCCUCCUCACCCCCCUCCAUGGCAGUGGCAGCAGCAGCAACCUUUCCAGCCGCCGCCGCUUCCCCAACCUGCGGUGGCGGUGGCCAGUUCCUUUUGGCAAAGCAACAAUGUGCGUGAGCAUCUGAGGAAGCUGCAAGAAACUGUUGCCAUUUCAACAGCUCUGAUAAAGGAGCUAGAGGAAAUCACACUGGCUAGGGAUUCAGCCGAUGCUAAUGCACCAGAACCAGAUUCGUCCGCAGUACAAGUGUCUGCAGGGUCCGUUGGUGCUUCUGCAGACAGGCCCUGUCAUUUUGUUGAGCUCGCUAGUGAGCUCAAGAUCACCCAAGACACUCACGAAUCCCUGGCGACAGAUGCAGCUAACUAUCUCUGUUCUCAACUUCAGCACCUUCUUGCACCUAUCUCUGCUGCUGUUAACCAAGGUGGUCCUUGGGAGGAAACAUCGGCGAUGGUUAGGUUAGCUCAGAAGCUGCAGAAAUCCAAGAGAAAUAAGCGAUGGAGGAAGAGGAAGAGGAAGCAUGUAGCAGAGCUAUUCCAGAAGGAGAGUGCAGAUUUUGAGAGAAUCGAUCAGGAGGCUGAUGAAUGGAGGGCUAGGCAAAUAGCGAAUGACAUUGCAAAACGCAAGAUGGAAAGCAUGAAGCAAAUUGCCAAGAAGAAAGCAAACGAGGAAAGAAAACGUCUAGAAUCGGAGCUUGAGCUCGCACUAAUGGUGGAGAAACUCCAGGAGCUUCGCUCUAUAAGGGUUCAAAAACUGAAGAAACAAGGCCAUUUUCUGCCAGAAGAGGAUGAUAAAUAUCUUGAGCGUGUCAAGGCUGCAGUUGAGGAAGAGGAGCGCCAAGCUGUAACUGCUGCUCGAACAGAUGCUGCUAAGAAUGCUAUUCUCACUGCUGAGGAAUCAAGAAAGAAUACACAUCAUACAUCUGCUCAAGAAGAUGGUCCUGAACAACCUGAAAGUGGCUCAGUACCAGAGCAGAACCAAGGAGAUGCAAGCAUAAAUGAGAAAAGUGAUCAUGUAAAUAAAAAAACAGAACAUGUAGGUCAAAAGGUUGAGAUAAAAGGGCCUGGCCAGUCUGAUUCUGUUACGAAUCUGCCUUUUGAGUUCUACCACUAUUAUCAUGGGAGUAGCUAUGACAUGGGGACACUCAUUGAGGUACGCCGAAUGUGGGAUUCUUUUAUCAGACCUGGAGGAAGCCGCAUACCUGGCCACUGGAUUCAACCACCCACUCCAGCUGAUGAGGUGUGGGCAUCGUAUUUAGUGCAGCCCAAGUAAAUCCCUC